GAUUCAGGCAAGAAAGACCUCAAUAGACGAAAAAGAACAACAGAGAGGAUGGCUGACAGCAAGAUCGUUCGGGAGGUGAAAGACCUUCUUGAGAAAGGCCGCUACUAUGAGCCUGCAGACAAAUUGGUGUCACGCCUCAGCUUGGCACUCUGCAAGGAAGCGGACCAAGAUCUUCUGAAAAGCUUGAUAAAGGCGACAUGUGAUCUGGCUCGUAGUACGGGACGAGGAAAAGGGAAGGGGUUGAAUUUCUGUAAAAGAGUGGCCAAUGAACUGAACAUCCUGGAAGUCGUGGACAGGGAGUGGAUAGUAACCAAUAUCCACAAACUUCCACCCAUCAAAGUGACCAAGGAACAGAUCUAUGAGCCGCUGAAGCAAACAAAAGACUUCAGGCUGGAAAUUGACUACCAGAUUGAAAAAGUGGUAAGCGAUGCCGGAAAAGGGGCUGAGUGUGAAGAAAUGGAGGUGGAGUUUGAAUUGGACUUGUCCGCACAUUCAUCUCUACUAAAUACUCCGGAAGGGGAAAAUGGUAGAUCACCACGAAAAUCCCCCGUACAGAUUGUGGUAUCCCCUGCGGUAAUAAGGAUUUCUCCUGUCAAGGCUCAACUGCCUGAACAAAGUAGCCGGAAGACAAGUAGGGAUGAACAGCAACCAUCCACUUCAGAAUAUCAACAUCAGCCCGGUGCAGGAGACAGGAAAAGGUUGAAGAGAGCUUCUUGCUCUAACAACCCAGUCGAUGAAGCAAUGAUCAAAUGUCACGGUCACCAUUCAAGAAUCGUUGGUGCUCCGUGUGUCAUGGGGUAUCUCAGGAAUUACCAGGCGUACUUAAGUCGAAAUAUAGAAGUAGGGUUGACUCAAACAGUUGUAGAGAACUGAAGAGAAAACAUCACAGGAUGAUCAUGUUGUAUUUGCCGACAAGUUUAAAACAUCAGUUCCUCUGGCGUUUGGAAAAUAACUAUACAUUCGUGCCACGCAUUAAACACCGAAGGACAUAUUGGUCAAUCGCAAAAGCAGUCCACGAAAAGAGAUGGCAAAGUUAGGAUGCUCAGCAGAGGAGAACACAUGGCAUGAACCGGAAGCUUAUGUCCACUGCAUUGGAAUAAUCAAAACAUGUGUGCAACCCGAUGACAUAUUUCAAACCUAUAAUAAAUAGCCGACAGAACAAGGUUUUUGACGGAAGAAGUAAAUACAAAAGGAAAGUGGGAAAAACAUGCAUCAAAGUUAUGUUUUAAUUUAAAAAGAACAUGGGUGUUAUAGACAGUCAACAUUUUUAAUGUACCAACACAAAGUGCUUAUUUGUGGACCUUACUUGUGUGGUUUGCCGUGGACAUCUCGCUUGUGAUUCAUCAUGGAUAAAGCGUCAACCCUUCGGCUACCUAUAAGCUGUUUGAGAGAAUGGUAAUACUUUUUUUACAGUAUAUUACAAACAUGCUGUAGAAUGUUAUAUACCAUAAUCAGGUUUAAUAACGUAUUGAUCGUUGCAUGUACAACCAAAAUGAAACAUGAACAACAUCUUUUAAAAUCAAUCAGCUGUUUAAUGUUGUAUGUUAUUGUUUUUAGGUUGCAGAACAACUUAUCGGCGGGAAUAGCACACGUAUAAGGAAAUCCAAACAAACAAGCGACAUUUUUUAACUUGACUUCUUUGGCAAUGUGCAGUGCAGAGUCAGCUUGCAUGAGUAUAAUUCUAAUGUUUAUAAAAUAAAACUCAACUGAAAUGGUGUUUUAUUCAAGGGAAUGUUUUAUUUCGUAUCGUGGCAUUACCUCUAGGAAAGACCGAAUGGAGGUCAAGUCCAACAAGACUAUGGCUCCAGAAACACAGAGGAACGGAAAACAACAACUCACACCGAUGAUAUUGCAUUGCACCAGAAACCCCACUAGACUCUGUUGCCGUUUCGUUAAUCGCAUGCUGUGAUUAUACUGGUGUUGUUUCCCGUGACAAAGAUUGCGAUAUUUUUAGCAAUAUAAUAGUUACAAUCAAAUACUUUGAUUUAUGUUUUGGUCUAUGUUUUUCUAUUAUAUAAUUAUGUACAUGUGUUCUUUGUUGAUAGGAGAACAAUUAUUAUCAUUAUUGAUUUUUGUCAUGUUUGUUUUUAUCCCUAUGUAUUCCUCAAGUUCCAAUGAUGUAAAUAAAUGAUCUAUACAUUUUAUAACCUUGAUGUAUGAAUGAAUUGUGAAUCCGUAUUUGGAUUUUAGUCCUAUAAGUAUACAUUUAUAUAGGAAAUGAAUGAACAUGUGUGUAAAAUAUCAUGAUAGAGAAUUGUUUUUUUAAAUCCUUCUGAUUUAUUUGAUAAAAAACCCAUAUUGUUUUGUAAUCGCUCUAUGCAUGUGUAAAUAAGAAAAUAAACAAAAAUAUGUAUAAUAUAAUGAAAACUACAGGGACAAGCCCAUUAGUUGAACAGAAAAAAUAGGCCCUGUUAAGGGGUACACGUCAAGGACCCAAACAACAAUGAACUAGAGACACAAACAUUGUUACACCACUUCUUAAAUCAUAGGUUUCACUUUUUGUUUUAUUACUGAAUUUUACAUAGAAUGACACGUGCCUGGAAAACUUUGAUAAUGUGAUGUCUGUAUUAAAAUUAAGCACGGCUAAAAUAGCGUAAUUAUACAUACAUAGUUUAGUCACACAUGGCAUCCAGAGAGUGUUUAUGUGGAUUUUUUUCAAUUUUCACCGAAUAAAGCACACACAUGCAUAAUAUCAUUGAAAUAAUAAAAAACAUUUUGCAACGUUGCCUUACAAACAUCUUUUAGGCAUUGUACUUUUGAAAUAUUUUGGAAAACGCAGGAGAAAAACCCCGUACUGAAAAGCGUUUUUUUUGUUUCGCGUUAUUUCACUUCCGGUGUCGAAGCAUAAUGUUUUUUUUUUAUAUAAGAUGUUGUUUUGAGCUAAAAUAAUUUCAAUCGUGUAUUAUUGAAACCCCGCGGGAUUUUUCCCCAGCUCUUGAAAAACGGGAGAAAAAUCCCGCGGGAGUGUGAAAAACCCCGUGUUUUUCUGCAAAAACCCCGCUAGGGCCCGAAGUUGGUGGGUCAAUUAGACAAACUUCAAAAAACAUUUCGCAAACAAAAAACACCAAAAUCACACCUUAAUGAAGCCUUUUAACUAAAUUAUAGGUCAGUAUUCGAUUACAGCGUAUUUAAAGGGUACUUGAGUUUGCGAAACCUAGGAUUUGCAAACACAAAUUGGAGGUCGUUUUAUACGGAACAACAACAACAACAAAUGAAGCAAUAACAAAUCCUACUCCCAGUUUGGAAGCAGAGCAUAUAAGUCUGAUUUAAUUGUAAAGGUGAAUUAAUCUGAGAUGCAUGUUUUAAUUAUUUAUUGAAUUUCAUAUUUUGAAAACUGUUUACUAAAAACUUCACGUUUUGUCUAUCUUCGCGUUCCAAUCGAGGGAAGGGGUUUCCCGGAUUCAUGGAGAUUUAGUACCAGUAACCACUUAACUAUCGUUUCAGGAGCAUUCACCGAUUUCGUACUUUCCGCUGAAGUGCACUUUCCUCUAACUAGUCAUACCGAUACCAUAUUGAAUGGGUACGAAUUCUCCGACAUCCGUUUCCAAUACGCUUCAGACACAAUAUUGGAGAUGGGGAUGAUGACAGACCAGCCAACCAAACUUAAAUUGGGGUAGACAUCAUGCGAUUCUAAUGUGCCAGCAGCAUGAAGUGGUCAAACAAUCUGAAACAUGAAAUGGAUGCAGCACAGAAUCCCAUAUUUCAAGAGAAUGCAGAUGAUAUUCACCCCUGUCAAACUCGUUUGUGUGUAAAUAAUACAAAAUGUGACACUUACAGCAAAUAUAUAAUAAUUGAGCAACAUGUAGACAAUUGCAAAACUCUGACUGUUCUGUUAAUUUUGUGCCAAAUUUAGUAUUUUAAACCAGAUACUUUCAGUUUUUGCUUGUUUGUUCGGUUUCUUUUAUUGCAUGAUUUUUUCAAGAAGCAAUCAGUUCAGUAUAUAGUAGUUAUGGUGUUUUGACUGUCAAUGAAUCCAAGAUAACUAUUUGUAUGUUGUUGAACUGAUAUGUUAAAUAUUUAAGAUCCAGCUGUCAGUACAGAAAACAUUGAGUGUGCUUUUGAGAACACUGAAAUUUAUAACAUCAUUUGACACUGUACAUAUUGCAAGCAUUUUUUCAGAUAAAACUAUAUAAAAUAAUAGUUGAUAACUUAGCCUUAAUUUGUGCAUAUUAGCAUAUGUGAAUAUUUUUAAAUCCUCAAGAUGGCAUUCUGUAUAAAUAAUAUAAUAUAAUCAUUUUAAUUGUUUCAUUUGUCUUCAUAUAUAAAUGGUUUUGGAUGGAAAUUUGCACUCGCUCUAUUUGCUGGUACACACAACAAAUAUAAAUGAAAUAGUGUUAAGUAAGCUCAGCUGACAGUUUUUCACUGGGUUCUUAUUUGGGUGUGUUCCAACAAUAUCACUGACUUGAUUAUUUAUUUAUAUAUGAUAUAUAGGCGCUAAAUUUAGAAGUCAUUUGUUUGUAAUUACACCUUGAUAAGAUUAAACUUCUUCAAGAAAGUCCCAUGAUAUGGAAAUUUUGUUUUGACUAUUUCCGUGCUUAAUUCAGAAUAUACUUCAUGUCAAAAAUGGUAUGAGAGGUAAUUUAAUAUUGGGCCAUUAAAAGUCUGGAAAAUUUUAACAUUAAUUUAUUCAUAUAAAUUUAUUUCCCUCCAUUACUUUUAUCAAGAAGCAAGACAAAAAAGGUCACUCUGGGUGAUCAGUAAAAAAACAUGUGAACAUGCAUAUUUAACUGUCAAAGGUCUAAAACUGAUCUCUUUUAGCAAAGCUGUUUAAAAUAUUAAUUAAUUGAAAUUUAGAUUAUUUUGAUCAUUAGAUAUAAAGUUUGUCGGAUUCAUUUGUCAUUUCAAACACAAAUUAUUAAGUUUAUUGAAAGCAUUGUUUAGAUAAUUUUGUAUUGAAAACAAUAUUUAUAUUUGCCCUUAAAAUCUAAACAACACAUUUGUUCGCAAUGAACAUUUUGCAAC